AUAUAAGUUAUAUUUUAAUAUAUAGCGUACUGUAAGGAAGUUAUAUUGAAACAAUCACAAUUCAACAUAAUGUAUUGUCAAAAACUAAUUAUGAAUACAUUAAAAUAUUUUCGAAUAGUUACAAGAUCUAGUUAUGUUUUCGCUAAUAUUUGUUCAUUAAAUCAAAGAAAGAAUAUGUUUAUGACAUAUUUGCAACAAAUUAAUAAAAUAAAAGACAAUUAUAGUACUAAUAAGCAGAAAAUUUUGUCACAAACUAGAAAUUACAUUAUAUCAGAAAAAGCAAUUUUCAAAGGCUGAGGAAAUGCUACAUAUUGCUUUGCGACAAGCACAACUUUUGCAACAUUAUGAUGGUAUAACUUAUGUAUAUGAUGUAAUGGCAAAUUUAGCAUAUGAUACAAAUAAUUAUAAAAAGGCAAAAGAUCUAUUUAAAUCAGUUUUACAGAGAUUAAUAGCUAAAGGAGUUCCACAGGAUGAUUUAGCAGUCAUUCAUAUUAGUCUUAAGAUUUCUGACAUAUAUAAUAAAAUAGGAGAUACAGAAAAAGCAAACAUUGGUUACAAAUUUUGUUUGCAACAUUUACAAAAUCAUUUGGCUAAAGACAAUGAAAAUGAAGAUGUACUACAAUUGUUAGGUUUAAAUUUAGAGAAGUAUGCAUCUAUGCUUUUUUCACAAUCUGAUUAUAAAAAUGCUUUUGAAUAUUUCACUCAAGCAUAUGAUAUAUCCAUAAAAAUAAAUGGUGAAGAAAAUGAACAAACUGUUAUUUUAUUGAAUAAUUUAGCAAGUGUGUGUUACAAGUUACAAAAAUAUGAUGAUACUAUUAAAUAUUUGUCUGAAGCCGCAAAAUUAGGAAAAAAGUUACCGGAUAUGGUUGAAUUAGGUUUCAUUCAUGUCAAUUUGGGAAAUGCAUUUCUUUCAAAAGGACUGUUUGAAGAAGCAAAAAAAAAUUGUAAUAAAGGAAAAUAUUUAGCACAAGCUAGAGAUGAUAAUGAAGGUGUAAUAGAAGCUAAAAAAUGUCUUGAACAAAUAGAAAGUCUGAUAGCAUAAUAUAAGUGUAAAUAUAAGUGUAAAUAUUGCAGUAUUUAGAUUUAGUUAAAUUAUUAAAAAUGUAUGUAUAAUAUAUUUUAUUUCAUUUGAUGAAUUAUAUGAAUUAGCAAAAGGAAAAAUAAUUCUAUAUUGUGUAUAAAAGUUAUUAAAUAUAAUAAAAUAAAUGUAAUUUUAUGAACUUUUACUUCCUCUUUAUAUAAAAGGAUAAUAGUAAUAAUUUUUUAGUAAAAGUAU